UAAUCAGACCACGUUGAAAGCGAUAAUCAACUUGGCUGUCGGUAUGUCUAGGACACCAGUCUCAUUCUUUCUCAUCUCGGUGGCGUUGUUGAUCCCAACCAAUGGUGCGACUACAUUGCAAAGCCUGCCCGCUCGUGACAACAUCACUCCAGUCAAUUCGACAUCCUCGACAACGGCUGGGUCGCGGAUACUGGGAGGCAGCAACGCUCUCGAGGGCGCUUUCCCCUACCAGGCUGGGCUGUGGAUGAGCGGCAGCGGUCGGCCAUUCUGUGGCGCCACCAUCGCUGACGCUAACAAUCUCGUCACGGCAGCCCACUGUGUUCUCUACAGCAACGGAGACGUAAUACCCGCCAAAUAUCUGAGCGUGUCAGUGGGCAGCGUGCACAUAUCGUCCGGCUCCAGAGUGAAGCUGUCCGCAGUCUUUGUCCACUCCAAAUACAACCGCACCACAAACCAGAACGAUAUCGCUGUUCUCAGGACUAAGAAGAAACUAACCUGGGAUCGUAACGUGCAGCCCAUCGGAUUCUCGAACAGUACUCCUACGACGAAUACGCCGUGCAACGUGAGCGGAUGGGGUGUCACUACCUUGCAUGGGCAAACUUCAAAUGAGCUGAAGUACGUGACGGUGAAUGUGACGGACACAGCGAGUUGCAGAACGAAGCUGCUCGUACUGGAUGGAAUGCUGUGUGCUGGAGGAGUGAGCAACCAAGACUCCUGCCAGGGAGACAGUGGUGGGCCACUCGUGUGUAAUGGUUCACUUGCCGGAAUAGUCAGCUUUGGCUACUACUGCGGUCUGCAAGACUACCCUGGCGUGUACACCGACGUGUCCAAAUACGUCGACUUCCUCAACUAUUCGCUGACCAGAGCCGGCGCCGUGUCAGUGGCGUCACCAGGCUACCAGACGCUGACCGUCAUUGGCUCCAUCGUAGCCACGUGGGCAGCGUGGGGAGCGAUGAGCCGGGUCUAACUCUGCUGCCAGUUUCACUGCGAAGUACUACCCCACGGGACAGUCUCUGUACCAACAAAAGUGUGGCUCUCAUAAAUGGAUGUCUUAUGUAGGUUUACUGCUCUCUCAUCAGUGAAAGGGCAUGCGAUUUUCUGCUGUUAAUGUACUUUAUUACAUCUAAUGUCAUACAUUAAUGCUGGUACGAGUGAAA